GGUUUAUUUAUUCAAAUUAUUUUGUAUAACAAUAAAAUAAUUACCUGAUAACCGGAGAUUCAGCCGAAAUGUUCCUGUCGGGUUAUGGGGGUCGUGAAUUAAAGUGGUGGAUUGUCAGGUGAGUCCGUGGGGCCCCUGGUCGCCCUGCGAUGCGGACUGCGGACCGGGCACCAUGUCCAGAGCCAGGUCGGUGCAGGUGCAGCCGAAGAACGGGGGCAGACAUUGUCCCAGUUUGGAGCAGCGGAGGGGUUGUCAGGUGUCCACCUGCCACCAUCAUCCUGAUCCUGCUAUUAAAGAAAUUGCGAUGUUGUUGCCUGGAUCACUGGGACAUACUAGGACUGCGAACAAUACUAAAGACAUUAGGAAGAAUUUGAGGAUGAGGGAUCCGAAGGAGUAUCCCCAAUAUGAUCCUGCAAAAACAUACUGCGUCGAGUUCGAGAUCCUGAAGGCGUCGAAGGCAUGCAAGAAGGACGACAGCUACAGCACCCUGAAAGACGGUGAAAGGGUCUGCGUCAAAUGCGAGUCCGAGGCCCUCCACGAGAAGUUGGGCUGGAGAUGCCAGGGCCACGGGGUCGAGGGCCGAAUCACCCGUUGGUCCGCCCUGUCGGCGCCCCACUGCCACGGCAAGUGGCUGAGGGCCCAGUCCGAGCCGGACAGGACAUGUGCGGCGAGAACGUGCAAGGACAACCCCGUCUUCAUCUUCGUUUAACACCCCAACACUCAGAUGGGUCGCCCGCGAGACGUGCCCGAGACUGAUUUGUCUCGUGGGAUGUUUUUCAUUGUAAUUUUGAUUUCUGGUGAACGUGUAGGAUUGUAGUCGACCAAUUCUUGUAAUUCUUUGGGCGUUUCCCUUUUAGUUUUGACUGAUUUUUUGACUGAGUCGCCCCCCAAAGGGUGGCCGUUUAUUAAUUACCGCUUGUAUCAAAAUAAACGAAAAUUACAUACUUCUGCUACUGUAUAUUCCACAUUGUUACCCCCUAAGGAUGUAAUGACUGUUAAAGUUAGCCAUAAGUUUUUUACAAUUAACGCAAUACUUUUCGUGCAAUUAACAUAAUUAUGUUGCUAGAUUUUAGAGAUUUUUUCUUACUAAAAACACUAUAAUCACAUUUAGAGUGUAAAACUUAGUACUUAAAAUCAAUGUGAAUAAAGUUUUAUCGAAUCUAAGGACCAUUUUUAGUCGCGCCUUCAGUUGAAUUAUAUAUUAGUUGUUAAUGUGAUUUCGCUAAUCGGAUAAAACUUGCAUUUGCAAUUUGUUAACAAAAAAAAAAUAUUCUAGUGUUUAACGUCUAAUAUUUUUACUAACCCUAAAUGUACAUAAAUUAAGGAACAAAAAAAAUCAUUUUGUAGUAAUCUUAUAUAAUCUAUAUUUUGUCAAACAUAUCAGAAUUAAAUAUCAUGUCGCUGUUGAUGAAUAAACGACUCGAAUUAAUAA